ACGACCUGCGUGCGCACGUGGUACCUGCGGCACCUGGGCUUCGAGGUGGACCAGCUCUACAGGUACCUGGUGGACACGGUCCUGGACGCCGACGGCGAGCGCGCCGCGGUAUGCAGUCCGAAGCUGCUCUCCGACGACUACCCGCGAGCGGUCCUGCGCACGAUCUGGCCCCAGGGCGUCAUCCCCGACGACGCCCUGCCUGGCUGGCCGCGCUGGACGUUCGAUGCGGAGCGGUGCUUCCUGGCGCACGUGGUGGCGGUGGCUGGUCGCCCACGGCGGCAUGAGGGGCAGCUGGGGGCACGCUACCCGCCCCUGGCGCACCGACAGCAGCUACUAGCCUACGUCGUGCACCUGGGCCAGCAGGCUGUGGGGGCCUGCCCGUGCCUGGCGCGGGAGGCGGUGGCCCCUGGCCUGCGCCCUGUCCCCAGCCGGUUCCACGAGCCCGUCGCGAAGCAGGCCGCUGCCGGCCCUGAAGACGCCAGGGCCCGCGUCCAGAGCCUGAAGCUCCCAGCCGUGGGCCCGCCGAACGGCCCCGAGCUGACGGACCGCCCCAUUGCGGGGCUCGCUUCCGAUCGCGACAUUGUCGCCCCGGGCUGCCUGCAGCGCGAGGUCAUGCGGCACUGCGUCGCCCUGGCCUCCCAGCACCGCCGGCAGUGCGUGGACCACCUGGGCCGCGCAGAGGGCCUCCGAGACGGGGCGCUCGCGGGGCAAUGGGGCGACGACCGCGCCGCUCUCGUGCACCUUGUCAGCUUCCUGACGAUGGGUGCAGUCAACGGCGGCGGCGAUCUGGGAGCGCGCUGGGAGCAGCGCGUCCGCGCCAACCGGAUGAGGUUCGGCCCCUCGCCCCUGGCCGACCCGCGAGCGGUGCUGGGGGCCUUCGUGGCGGCCGCCGAC